CAGAGGUGGUACCACGUACCUAGGAGGGGUACACAUCCAAUGUCGACCGGUCACACCCGCAGUUAGCGCUUUAUCUUGAUCAGGUAAGCGGAGUUAUCCGUAGUUACAAACAGUGCGCCAAGAACGGCCUAACAAUUGGCACGAAACACGUCAGACAGCAUUUGACCCAAUGAUAGGUUGUAUCAGCAAACUAGAUCGUUAUAACGACCAUGGAAUUUGCAAAAUGCCGACUUUAUACGAGACUCUUGGGAACUCCUGCAUCAUCAACUUGUUUGUCAGUAGCCUGAUUCGAUUUAAAAACUGACCAUAAGCAGAACAAGCUCUUGCGUAUCGAAUCAGUUGAGAGAUAUAAACACCAUAUGCAGGUGGCAUUGGAAUAUUGCUACAAAAUAUGGGAAGUUGACGAUGGAGAAGCUGAAGUCAACCUGUUUGUCAUUAAGUUGAGGUGUUAGUUUGCCGCUAAUAUCUACUUUCAAUAAAAUAUCUAAGUAUAACUGUAUAAAUAGUUAACUGUGCAUAUAAUUUGUCAGGACUGUGCAGUGUUGUUUGCGAUUUUUGUCUUUUUAUCCAAUAGCUAAAGUGACCUUAUUAUAAACAUGAAAAGGUGAAGAUAACGAAAAGUGAUCGAUCUCAUGAAUCCUAUCAGGAACACUAAAUUAAGAGUUGGACAAACACGGACCCCUGGACACACCAGAUGUGGGAUCAUGUGCCUAGGAGGAGUAAGCAUCCUCUGUCUACCAGUCACACUCGCCGUGAAGCAUAUAUCUUGAUAAGUGAUGGUGGAUCAUUUUUCGGUCGGGCUCAUGGUUGUGAUCCUUCCAGCAUUGCUUGGAGUGGAAAGUAUAAAGUGUUCAUCAGAAACAAAAUGCACAUGUCAUGGAUAUAAAGGAAAACUAUUUGCAAAUUGUUCAAAUCUCAAACUGACCUCAGCUCCAUCAUUCAACGACGACGUCAUCGGUAUUAAUCUCGCAAACAACGAAAUUUCACUUUUCCCUCCAAAUCUCUCUAAAGAUAUAGAUUAUGUAGAUGUCUCGAAGAACAGGCUGCAAACCAUUGAUAAAAGUUCACUGUCCAAUAACAUUGCUUUAAGAUAUUUGACUCUUUCAGAAAACAAUCUUCAUUCGAUUGAAUCAGGUUUCUUAACAAACCUUCCUCAUCUCCAGCAUCUUGAUAUUUCCGGUAACCAAGAGUUGACGUUGGAGGUUUUGGCUAAUAUAUCCAGAGAUUUGCGGAACUCAUCUUCGAUACGGAUUCUGAAUUUCGAAAAUUUACAGUGCACCUAUGGAAUUACUUUUAUCAUCAGAAAGUAUCACACUUCUUAUCUGAAACACACACACUUAGAAGAACUGAAUUUAGCAUCCAAUCGCAUAAACAGUUUCGAGCUUGGCGUCUUAACCGAAUUACCGAGUUCUCUUAAAUAUCUAAAUCUGGCCAAUAACAAAUUAGGCUUUGGACUUUAUAUUGCAGAAUUCGGGGUGUUGAUGAAUGUAGUCCACCUUAAUGUGAGUUUUCAAUCUUCUUUCCAUCAAAUAUACACCAAACAGUUUCUGUUCACCUGCAAUGACACACGAACAGUCUGCAGACCUACUACAGAAGAUCACAAUCAAGCGUCGGUGUCGACUCCAAGCUUAGUGUCAUUAACACGAGGUCCUGUGAAUGUCACUGUCUACUUGCCACCGAAAUUACGACGAUUUUAUUUCCAUGACAACCUCUACAAGAUGGCCCUUCAAGAUUUUGUCUUUACAUCAACCAAUAAAACAGUACUAACACACAUUUAUAUGCAGAAUAAUAUUAUUUACAACCUUACUGGUCCAAUUAAAGGCUUGGAAAGUGUAAAUUAUGCAGAUCUUUCCAACAAUUUCUGCACUACUGUUUCGCACAAAUUUUUCAAAUAUUUCAAAGGUUUGUCUUAUCUCGAUUUAUCCCAUAAUGCACUUGGAGGAAGUUUAGAGAAUGACAAGAAAGGAGAAAUAUUUCAGACACUCCAAAUAUUAACUUCGUUAAACAUAUCCCACAACCGAAUUGUCCGCCUCCCCAACACAAUUUUCCGCAAUCUCUUUCUGCUGGAAACUCUCAAUCUCAGUUACAAUUCCUUGAGUGAGUUCCAGAUUCCUGUACAACACAUGACGCGGCUUGCACACCUGGACCUUUCUAACAACCAGUUAUCGUUCUUGAGUGAGGACAUAAGAAAUGCCUUAGAUUCUGUGUCAGAAAAGAAAGAUAUAACAGUGAAUUUAUUUGGUAACAGAUUUAGAUGUGAUUGUGAAGACUUGCAAUUCAUUAAAUGGAUGCAUGACUCGACGAGAAUCAAUUUCCUACAUUUUAGUAAUUAUUCAUGCGCAUUAUUGAAUUCUUCCCAACAUUCAGUUGAAGUUCCUUUCACAAAUAUAGAAUAUAUCCUUCAGCAUCUGGAGAAGAGAUGUUAUUCUUACACUUCUGUUAUUUUGCUUAUGACGUCAUUGAUAAUCGUUGUCAUGACAACAGUCCUUAGUCGCAUUGUGUAUCGAUACAGAUGGAAGCUCAGGUUCAUGUAUUACGUAGCAAGAGAAAAGUACAGAGAUAAAGUGAAAAGAGUUGACGUCAUAGGUGAAAGUUCAUACUAUUUUGAUGCGUUUGUGUCCUAUGCUGACAAAGACAGACGAUUUGUUAUUGAUCUUGUAAAGCGUCUGGAAGAGGAAUAUAAGCUAAAACUGUGUAUACAUCAUCGGGAUUUCAUUCCUGGAACAGCAAUAGCCGAUAACAUUUCAAACGCGAUUCAUUACAGCAGACGAACUGUUUGUGUCAUUACGUCCCACUUCAUAGAGUCAUACUGGUGCAUGUUUGAACUCAACAUGGCGCGUAUGGAAGCGAUUUAUUCUCGUAAUGGUGAAAACGUUUUAUUUCUGGUGGUCUUGGAGAACAGUGCGAUGAAUAAACUUCCACGAUCAUUCAUGGACCUUGUUGAAUCAAAGUCAUAUCUUGAAAUUCCGGAGGGUGGAGAUCCUGAUGAAUUAACAGCAUUUCGAUCCAAACUUGGAGAUACACUGAGUUCGCCUGAUGAUGACUUCAGAACAUUGUUAUCACAUCCUACAGUACAAGACUAAAAACAACAUUGUUAUCACAUCCUACAGUACAAGACUAAAAACAACAUUGUUAUCACAUCCUACAGUACAAGACUAAAACAAUGGGUUAAAGUCACUAGAAGUAAAGAACUAAAGGUUACUAUGGAGAUAUACAUAUAUUCAUUUCAUGUGUCAAUUCAGAAAAGAGAUACUAUCUGCCAUUAUGACGUAUGUGAAGAGGAAUCUGUCUGUAAGAUUAGGGAUCUGUUCUGUAUAGUGUGUCUUAAUUAUAUUAUAUAUUGCUAAAUCUGUCUGUUGAAGCUUGUGAAAAGAAUGUGAUUAUCGUAAUUACGUAGUCAUUAUCAAUGCACAAGUGAAGAUAACGAGCAUUGAUACAGCUCAUAGUUUUAAAAAUUAAGAGAAGGGAAGACACAUAUAUCUGGGCAAACCCACCGUGAGACUUAUAUCUUAAUCAGGUAAAGUGAAUAAAGUGAAUAGUCCGUAUUAUAUCUUGAUCAGGUCAGGGCCGUAAAUUACAUGGAGGCCGAGGAGGCAGCUGCCUCCUCCAACUUUUGAGCCAAAAAAAAUUAAAAUUUAAAGUUCAUUAGAAUUUAUGUUGUUUCCAAUAACUAAGAACAUGAUACCUCCCUUAAAAAGCAUUCCAAAUCUUUCUUUUAGAAUGAGUUAGUCAAGUAACAUCUUAGAAGGCCUUAGAAUCAAGGAUUUUGCACGAAACGUGUUCAGUGUGCACAAAAUGUGCUCAGCGUCUGGGGGCCUGGGCGGCCCCCAGACCCCCGCCUAAUUUUCUGCCUCCUCCAAAUUGAAGGUUAAUUUACGGCCCUGGAUCAGGUAUCAGGUAAUGAGAUUACUAUGUAGUCAAAAUCAGUAUGUAAAUAAAAGCCUAAAAAUUGU